AUGUCCGCUGCGGAGAUCCACUCGGAACGGGCCAAUGCCCCACCGCGGCGGAAGUCCUGCGAAGCUUGCAAAGUUGCCAAGCGGCGUUGCGAUCUGGCCUGGCCGGCUUGUUUUCGAUGUGCCCGCCGCAACUUGGUUUGCGUCUACCCGGGGAGACAACCGCCGAGCCUGGAUAUGGAGACGCCGUCAUUACCGAUUAGCCCCCCUGAGAACUUGUUCUCGCCAUCAUAUGCAGAGGUCCAGUGUACGACGGAUUUUAACUUUCUACCAUCGACUGUGGAGCCAGGCGUGCUUGAACUCCCUGACCCAGAGAAAGAUAUUCUGGAUCUACUUGCUCAAUGUCCACCGAUACAACCUCCUGCGCAACUACUAGCAUUCCAGGAGCCAAGCACUGCCGUGAUAAGGACGAGAUCUUCGAUGCCUAUCUCGGAGAUCGUCACGACACGUUUGCAAUUUGGCAUAGAUGUGCUAAAACAAGCACCCAGAAUGAUGGUUCUAGAGAACCAGACGCCGUGGUGCCAUCAGCAACUAUACAAGGAUGGCAUGCCGAGAUCAAUGCAAGAUGCCCUCGCCUGUUGUGCCCUUUAUAUGGCCCGAAACGAGAUCAACACUCCCGUCAUCCUCUCCUCCUUCAAGACCCGCAUCGACGACCUUCUCGCCUCACCACCUCCAAGCACACCAAUCGAAGCUUUAGCCUACACGCAGUCACUCAUUCUUUAUCAAAUUAUGCGCCUCUUUGAGGGAGACAUUUAUGCCCGUGUAUCCGCCGAACCACUCAUCCCUAUUCUUGAAACCGCCGGCUUCAACCUCCUAAACUAUGUCCAUUUUCCCGCUCCAGAGCCAGACACAGACUCAUUCCCCCCUAUGGAUGCUGUCAUGCAAUCCUGGAGCGAGUGGGUCUACCAGGAAUCUGCGCGACGCACUGCACUCUUCACCUUCUACCUGAUCCAGAUCUACCGUUUGAUCACCGGCGACAACAACCUCAGCUGCGACGGACGUCUGGGUCUCAUCCAUUCGUGGUAUCUAUCUGCACAUCUAUGGAGCGCGCAGACUGCCUUUGAUUUUGCAGUGGCCUGGAACGAGCACCAACAUUUUUUGAUCUGCAAUGGGGAUUUUGUUGGUGCGCUACAAUCUGCGCAGCCGGCUGAUGUGGACCUGUUCGGGCGAAUGCUCCUCAGUACUGUCUUGGGAAUUGAUCAGGCCAAGGCGUGGCUUUAUUCCCGGGGAGCUAUCCUGUAA